CCCCGUCUCCUCACGCUGAGUGCGCUCGUCCGGGGCGCUCUCCCGCCCCUCGGCCCGGCGGUGCCCCCGCGAUGGGGGUGGCGGAGGCGCUGGGCGCCGGGGCGGCGCGGCUGCUCUUCUACCCGACGCUGCUGUACACGGCGGCGCGGGCGCAGCUCCCCGGCUCCCGCCGACCCUGGUUCCACCGCAUCGACGGCUCCGUGCUGCUGGGGGCGCUGCCGCUGAGGGGACGCAGCCGUGAGCUGGUGGCGGAGGAGAACGUCCGCGCCGUGGUCACCCUCAACGAGGAGUACGAGACCCGCUUCCUCUGCUGCUCCCCUCAGGAAUGGGAGGCAAUGGGAGUGGAGCAACUGCGUCUCAGCACCGUGGAUCUCACGGGAGUCCCCACCUUGGAAAACCUCCACAAAGGUGUUGAAUUCAUCCUGAAACACCGGGCGUGCGGUAACAGCGUCUACGUGCACUGCAAGGCAGGGCGCUCCCGCAGUGCCACCAUGGUGGCAGCGUAUUUAAUUCAACUGCAUCACUGGAGCCCUCAGGAAGCAAUAGAGGCUAUUGCCAAGAUCCGUCCCCACAUCCUCAUUCGGCGCAAGCAAGUCCAGGUCCUGGAAAAAUUUCACAGGAAUGUGAUCGCUGGGACAACUGCAUAGUGUCAGUAAGAACUAUCAAAAUCUCUCUCAGCUGCUUUAAAAAACCUUAUCUUUUAAUGACCUAAAGAAGGCUUAAAUGUUGUACUUCUUGACUGUCAAUAAAGAAGUUUUUACAGAAAUUA